CCAAUAUAGACUUAUAGGCUCGAGUAGGCGAUGGGUUUGUAUUUAUAGAAAAAUCAAUGAAAAAACAACGAAAUUCUGGAUUAAUUUUAUGUCCGCAUAGUUUUGAAUGUACCUCUGAGUAGCAGACGAGUGCACUCAAAAUCCCAGUAGUUCAGGCAUAGGAUACCCAUGGCCAAAGCAGUGGUGAACACAACGUCGCCGUUGGCUGGACGGCGCCUGCUCCGGGACGUGAACCGGCUGCUGGCCUCGGGUUACCGCACCACCGUGGACGACGACAUGGCCAACCUGGACGUGCGCUUCGAGGGGCCACUGGGCACCGCCUACGAGGGCGGCGUGUGGACGGUAAAUGUGGCCAUGCCGCUGGAAUACCCGCUGAUGGCGCCACGCGUCCGCUUCUUCACCAAGAUCCUGCACCCGAACAUCGAUUUCACCACGGGCCUGGUCUGCAUGAAUGUGUUCAAGCAGGCCUGGUCGGCCAGCUACGACUUGGUGAACAUCUUCGACACCUUUCUGCCCCAGCUGCUGCGCCACCCGAAUCCGCACGAUCCCCUCAAUCACCACGCCGCCGCCAUCAUGAAGCACUCGGAGAAGCUCUUCUGGGAGCACGUCGUCCUCUGCCUGAGGAUGUACGCCCUGCCCGUGUUCCUCGCCCCCAGUGACCUCGUGGAGGAGGGCCUCGAGAAACGCUCCUCGGACCUCAGUCUUUCCGAUCUGCUGUCGGACGAGGAUGACGACGACGACGACAACGACAACGACGACGCAAACGACGCAGACGACGCAGCCUCAACGGCACCGCCUGCUGCUGGGGCAGAUCAGGCCGGCGAUUGAGUAUUUGGAUGGUAUUUUGUUAUGUUUUUGUAGGAGAACAUUAUGUAUGCGAGCAAAUAUAUCGAAAUUGGAAGUGUAAUUAGUUAUAAUAAAUAGCAUAACGUAUUUUAACGAUA